AUCUGUUAUCACCUCUACAAAAAAUUAUGCAGAUAAAAACAAAUACAAACUAAAAUCAAAAACCCGUUUAAUUUUGCGUUUAUCAGUUGAAUACUUUUAAUAAACCUAUCAAUAUCGAACCAAUUUUAUUCCAUCUUGCAUUCCAAAGUGCAAAUUAUGACUGUCAUCCUCGUGGCACUAACUUUGACCAUACUCUCCCAAGGAGUCAUUUCAUCAAAUCUUCCCAUUGUAAUAAAUACUUGGGCAUUUAUUGAUGCUGCCAAUGAAGCUUGGAAAGUACUCCAUCAACCUCAUAAAACUGCACUCGAUGCUUUAGUCGAGGGUUGUAGUACAUGUGAACGACUACAAUGUGAUGGUACUGUCGGCUAUGGAGGUAGCCCCGAUGAACAUGGUGAAACGACACUCGAUGCCAUGAUUAUGGAUGGUGCCAAUAUGAAUAUUGGUGCAGUUGCUGCACUGCGACAUAUUAAACAUGCUGCUAGAGUUGCCAGACAUGUUUUAGAAAAUACUCAACACACAUUGUUGGUUGGGGAUCAGGCAACACAAUUUGCUCAAACAAUGGGAUUCAAAAAAGAAUCACUAAGUACGCCAGCAUCGAAAGAAAUCUGGCAAAAAUGGUGGCACGAUGGAUGUCAACCUAAUUUUUGGAUCAAUGUUAAUCCAGAUCCUAAAAGUUCUUGUGGACCAUAUAAACCAUCACCGAAUUAUAAUCCACUGUCAGAAAUUGACAAGGAGAAAUUUGAAUUCGGAUCGAAAAACCACGAUACAAUCGGAAUGAUUGUUAUCGAUUCGAGUGGUCAUAUCUAUGCUGGAACAUCAACCAAUGGAGCAAAUCAUAAGAUCCCCGGAAGAGUUGGUGAUUCACCAAUACCCGGCGCUGGAGCCUAUGCAGAUAAUGAAUUUGGAGCUGCUGCCGCAACUGGCGACGGUGACAUAAUGAUGAGAUUUUUGCCAUCAUUUGUUGCCGUUGAGAAUCUGCGAGCAGGACAAGAUACAACAACAGCAGCCCAAAAUGCAAUCAAGAGGAUAUUGAAACAUCAUGAAAAGUUUAUGGGGGGACUGAUUGUAGUUAAUCGUUUGGGGGAGAUCGGUGCUGCUUGCACAGGGAUUGAUAAAUUUCCAUAUUCUGUGGCAUUUGGCAAUCAAACCAAAGCAAAAAUUGAAUAUAUUGACUGUUGAGAA